AUGUCGCCAGGAGAAGAGCCCAAGGCCGAGGGAGCUCACAACGGAGCUCACAACGGAGCUCACAACGGAGCUCAAAAUGACAUCCAGAACGGCGCUCAAACCAACGGAACCGACGGAGCGCAGGUCAAUGGGCAUCGGCGCCGCUCGUCGAGCGUCAGGAAAGAUGGAAAGUCGCCCAAGGCGCCGCGCAAGCCCUCCAAGGGCGAGACGUGGUCUCUGUCGCACUAUCGCCAGGCAUCGCGCCGGCCACUCCCGACCGAGAUGGGCGACGGCUCCUACCGAGUGCUCUUGAAGCGACCGACUCUGGUGCAGGAUCUCCGCAGCAUCGGAUGGGCAGACCUCAUGACUCUCAAGGACAUCGUCAAGGCAAAGCUCAAGGGCGAGACCCAAGCCGACGACAAGACCAUGGUCAUGGAACGGACGAUCCGGCUGGUGGCCACGAUGCCGAAUCGCUCGACCAGGCAAGAGGUUCUCACAAACGUCUUCAUCGACCAGCUGUGGAACUCGCUCGAUCACCCGCCGCUGCUGUACAUGGGCGAUGAGUUUCGCUACCGCCAGCCCGACGGGUCCAACAACAACCCCCUCAUGCCCACGCUGGGCGCGGCCGGCACGCCCUACUCGCGCACGGUGAAGCCCGGAAAGGCGAACCUGGGCGCUUUGCCCGACCCCGAGACCGUCUACGAGGCCGUCAUGGCGCGAGACGGAUUCAAGCGGAACCCCAACAACGUGUCGAGCAUCCUCUGGUACUGGGCCACCAUCAUCAUCCACGACCUGUUUUCUACCAACAGACAGGACGGAAACCAAAACGACUCUUCCUCCUACCUCGACCUGUCCCCCCUCUACGGAAGCUCCAAGGAAGCCGUCGACUCGAUCCGCACCUUCAAGGAUGGCAUGAUGAAGCCCGACACGUUUGCCGACAAGCGCCUGGUUGGCAACCCUCCGGGCGUGUGCAUCCUCCUCAUCAUGCUCAACCGCUUCCACAACCACGUGGCCGGCAACCUGGCGGCCAUCAACGAGCACAAUAGGUUCCCCAAGCCGGCACGGGGCCUGAGCGACGAGGCCGAGGCGGCGGCGUGGAAAAAGCACGACGAGGAUCUGUUCCAGACGGCCCGGCUCAUCACGUCGGGCCUGUACAUCAACAUCACGCUCAUCGACUACGUGCGGAACAUCAUCAACCUCAACCGCGUCGACACGACGUGGACGCUGGAUCCGCGGCAGGAGAUGGGCGUGGCCGUGGGCACCGCCAAGGGCGCCGAGAGCGGCGUCGGAAACGUCGUGUCGGCCGAGUUCAACCUGUGCUACCGCUGGCACUCGUGCAUCUCGGAGAUGGACGAGGCCUGGAUCCAGGACUUUUACAAGCAGCUGCUCGGCGACAACUACGGCGCCAUGGACCUGCAGACGCUGAUGGGCGCCGCCCGCAAGUUUGAGACGACGGUUGCCCCUGACCCGGGCCACCGCACCUUUGGCGGCUUCAGUCGCGGGCCCGACGGCCGCUUCAACGACGACGAGCUGGCCGGCUGCAUGGCCACGGCCAUCGAGCAGCCCGGCGGAGCAUUCGGCGCCCGCAACGUGCCGCGCAUCAUGAAGCCCGUCGAGCUGCUGGGCAUCAUCCGCGGCCGCAAGUGGAACCUGGCCGGGCUCAACGAGUUCCGCAAGCACUUCGGCCUCAAGGCCUACGCCACCUUUGAGGACAUCAACUCGGACCCUGCCGUCGCCGACGCGCUGCGCAACCUGUACCAGCACCCGGACAACGUCGAGCUGUACCCGGGCAUCGUCGCCGAGGAGGGCAAGACGCCCAUGGUGCCGGGCGUCGGCAUCGCCCCGACUUACACCAUCUCGCGCGUCGUCCUCUCCGAUGCCGUGUCGCUGGUCCGCGGCGACCGCCACUACACGACCGACUACCACCCGGGCUACCUGACCCAGUGGGGGUUCAACGAGGCCAACUACGACCUCGACAUCAACCACGGCUGCGUCUUCUACAAGCUCUUCAUCCGCGCGUUCCCCAACCACUUCAAGCGCGACUCGGUCUACGCCCACUACCCCAUGGUGAUCCCGUCCGAGAACCGCAAGAUCCUGACCAAUCUCGGCCGCGUCCAGCGCUUCAGCUUCGAGCGGCCGCGCUUCGUGCCGCCCUACAUCGCCGUCUCGUCGCUGGCGGGCAUCACGCACAUCCUCGGCACCGCCGAGCGGUAUCCCGUCAACUGGAAGGAGGGUCUGGACCAGCUCAUGGGCCACGGCGGCCGCGGCAGCGAGAAGGGUGACGACCGGAAACGCCUAGACGCGCUCGUCUACACUCACAGCUGGAAGCCGUCCAUCAAGGCCUUUUACUCCAUGAUUGCCGAGCGGCUGCUGGCGGAAAAAUCGCGCAACAUGGCCGGCAAGACGCAGUGCGACGUGGUGCGCGACGUCGGGAACCUGGCUCACACGCACUUUGCCGCUCGCAUGUUCAACCUUCCCCUCAAGUCCAAGGAGAACCCCAGGGGCGUCUUCUCGGAGCAGGAGCUCUACACGGCGCUGACGACGCUGUUCAUGACCGUCUUCCACGACCUCGACCCCGUCAAGUCGUUCUCGCUCAGGCAAACGGCCAAGGAGCUGGCCUCGCAGCUGGGAAGCAUCGUCGAGACCAAUGUCAAGAUUAGCACCAUGCUCGGCACGACCGGCCUGUUCACGGGCAAGCCCAAGGAUAACACGCUGGCCGCCUACGGAGUCAACCUGAUCAAGGGGCUCUCCAAGGCAGGACUCAAGGCGCACGACAUUGCGUGGGGGCAGAUUCUCCCAACAGCGGGCGCCUUGGUGCCAAGCGAAGCUCAAUUGUUUGCUCAAGCCGUCGACUUCUACCUGUCGCCUCAAGGACAGCCGUACGUUGACGAUAUCUAUCGCCUGGCCGCCCAGGGGACGAGCGACGAUGCCGACGCCUUGCUGCUCGGAUACGCCCUCGAGGGCAUCCGCCUGUCCGGGCCGCCCGGCUUCUGCCGCAAGGCCUCGGAAGCCGACUCGUUCGCCGAGGAGGACGGCCGCCAAGUCGUGAUCCGGCCGGGCGACCGCGUCUACGUCUCGUUUGACACUGCCGCCCGCGACAAAAUACACUUCCCCAACGCCGACAUGGUCAAUCCGCGACGGCCCAUCGACUCGUACGUCCACUACGGCGCCGAGCCGCUCGCGAGCCUCGGCAAGGACGUCAGCCAGGUGGCCCUGGUCGAGCUGUUCAGAGCCCUGUUCCGGAAGAAGGGCCUGAGGAGAGUCCCCGGGCCCCAGGGGACGCUGAAGAAGGUGCCGGGGCCGGGAGGGUAUGGGACGUUCUUGACGGAGGAUUGGGGGGACUUUUGGCCGUUUCCCACUUCUAUGAAGGUGAUGUGGGACGACUGA